AUUUGUGCCACAACUAAAUUCGUCCCCUCUCUCAAGUGCCUACGUUGGUUCCGUCUUUGUCCCUCGCUGCCACCUUCUGCUAGCACGAUGAAAGGGAGUUUUCCAUCUCGGGUGUCUGUGUGGAUCAGCUCGACGUAUCGCUUUGCGACAGACAGAAACGACUUUAGGAGAAAUCUUCUGGUUAACCUGGGUUUGUUUGCCGCUGGAGUCUGGGUCGCUAGAAACCUCUCAGAUUUCGACUUGAUGUCUCCUCAGCCGGUGACUUAACCGUAGCCGCUGAUCUUGACCAAAAACAGGAUGAUUAAAUCUUGGACCAACAAAGAAGAAGUGAGGGACAUGAUGAAACACUUGGAAAACAAAAUGUUUUUGUUUACAUGACAUUUUUUUUUUCUCCUAUGUACACUAGUGUCAUCUCUAUUUUCUUUGAUGUACAGAUUGAAUUUGCCCCAAACUCUCCCACAAAAGACUUUAUUUUCAUUAUUUUAUCGCAACCAUGACAGUGGAGGACCUCUUUGUCUCUGCAGCCCGUAACUCUCUGCGUUCUGGUAGAAAGGGUCUCUCCGUGGCUCAAAGUCUGAAUCUUGCUGCUCAGGUCUUGACUGUGGAUCUGGGGCUGAAGCCUGCUCUCCUGUACGACAGCAACGCUGCCUGUGCCGAACAGCUCCAGCGGUACCUGAGCUGCCUACGGUCUCUCCAGCUCGUGUCUCAAUCCCUCCUCACGCUGGAUUUAAAUGGAAACAGUCUCAUUAUCAACGCAGAUGCCCUCAGAUCUAAUUUAGAGAAGAUGCUUUGUGACGGUGGUCCGCCUGUUGUAAAUGUCUCUGUGUCUUUGGAGAAGCCCACCAUCUCUAAUGCUCAGAGAAGAUGGCUGACAGGUGUGGUGGCAGAUUUUCUGCUCCUUCUGGAGGAGUUUCAGCGACACGACCAGGCUGAUAAACCUCUUCAUGUUGGGGAGAAAUCUGAAGAUUGGAACCUGUGCACCAUAUUUGGUCUCUUACUGGGUUACCCAGUCACCUACUGGUUUGAUCAGGCCAGGAGCUUUGAAAACUGUCUGUCCAUGACGCCGCUGGUGGUGGCUACGGCAUCAGCAGCAUGGCAGACGGACGGCAACGCUCACAGGUUCUGUCUGUAUUCGUUCAGUGUUCCCGCCGCUCUGCAGGAGGAGACUCAGCCCGAGCUGGAGAACUGGAGGUUCAGGCUGCAGGAGAGAUUUGAGCAGCAAAGCAUCAUGAAGGAUCUCAGUAUCAGUCAGUCCACAGUCACUCUUCCCUCCAUCUGUUUGUAAUUCAAUAACAAAGUUAGGUUUAAAAUGAAAUAAAAUGCUCUUGAAUCCGA